AUGAGUAGUGUAAAGAGCCAGUUCGGACAGGAUGUGGAGCAACAGGGCAUCAGACUCCCGAAGAAAUGGAACGAGACCAGCAGCAAGAUCCCAACAGACCGGACCCUGGUGGUGGGCGGAGGAGGGGGCGUGGCCCGGAGCGGCAAUUCCGCCGAUGUGUCUAGGAAGCGUAGACAGCGCUACGUGGAGAAAGACGGGAAGUGUAACGUGCAUCACGGGAACGUACGCGAGACCUACCGCUACCUGACGGACAUUUUCACCACCCUGGUGGAUCUGAAGUGGCGUCUCAACCUGCUGGUGUUCACGCUGGUCUACACCACCACCUGGAUCUUUUUCGGUCUGUUCUGGUGGCUGAUCGCGUACGCCCGCGGCGACCUGGAGCACACCGACGACGGCGAGUGGACGCCGUGCGUCGCCAACCUCAACGGCUUCGUCUCCGCCUUCCUGUUCUCCAUCGAGACGGAGACCACCAUCGGCUACGGCUACCGCGUGAUCACGGAGAAGUGCCCCGAGGGCAUCGCGCUGCUGCUGGUGCAGGCCAUCCUGGGCUCCAUCGUCAACGCCUUCAUGGUGGGCUGCAUGUUCGUCAAGAUCUCGCAGCCCAAGAAGCGCGCCGAGACGCUCAUGUUCUCGCAGAAUGCCGUCGUCUCCAUGCGCGAUAACAAACUCUGCCUGAUGUUCCGCGUGGGCGACCUACGCAACUCGCACAUCGUGGAGGCCUCCAUCCGCGCCAAGCUGAUCCGCUCCAAACAGACCAAGGAGGGCGAGUUCAUCCCGCUGAACCAGACCGACAUCAACGUGGGCUUCGACACCGGCGACGAUCGGCUCUUCCUGGUCUCGCCGCUCAUUAUCUGUCACGAGUUUAACGAGAGCAGCCCGUUCUGGGACAUCUCUCAGGAUCAGCUCGGCCGAGAGCAGUUCGAGAUCGUGGUCAUCCUGGAGGGCAUGGUGGAGGCCACAGGGAUGACGUGCCAGGCUCGCAGUUCGUACCUGGACUCUGAGGUGCUCUGGGGAGAACGCUUCACGCCCGUGCUCUCUCUGGAGGAGGGGUUCUACGAGGUGGACUACGACACGUUCCACCAUACGUACCCCACCCCGACCCCCACGUGUUCCGCACGGGAACUCGCCACAAAAGGAGAAGCCAUUCCGCUCCCCCCCCUCACCCCUCUGGCACUGAACCAGAACCCCAAUCUGGAGGGAGAGGAGGAGAGGGACGAGGAGGAGGAGGAGAGUGUUAUCAACGGGGACCUUAAUAAAAUGGACAGUGAACAUGAGUGAGUGAGUGUGUGUGUGUGUGUGAGUGAGUGU